AGGCUGCAGGGAAGUGAGGAGGCAUGGCCCCUUCUCAUCGGGCAUCACAGGUGGGGUUUUGCCUCACCUCUGAACGCCCUCUAUGGCGCCUUCCACCCAUCUGUAGGCCCAGAAGGAUGUCGGUCUGCUACCGUCCCCCAGGGAACGAGACACUGCUGAGCUGGAAGACUUCGAGGGCCACAGGCACGGCCUUCCUGCUGCUGGCGGCGCUGCUGGGGCUGCCCGGCAACGGCUUUGUGGUGUGGAGCUUGGCGGGCUGGCGGCCUGCACGGGGGCGACCGCUGGCGGCCACGCUUGUGCUGCACCUGGCGUUGGCCGACGGCGCGGUACUGCUGCUCACGCCGCUCUUUGUGGCUUUCCUGACCGGGCAGGCCUGGCCGCUGGGCCAGGCGGGCUGCAAGGUGGUGUACUACGUGUGCGCGCUCAGCAUGUACGCCAGCGUGCUGCUCACCGGCCUGCUCAGCCUGCAGCGCUGCCUCGCCGUCACCCGCCCCUUCCUGGCGCCCCGGCUGCGCAGCCCGGCCCUGGCCCGCCGCCUGCUGCUGGCCGUCUGGCUGGCCGCCCUGUUGCUCGCCGUCCCGGCCGCCGUCUACCGCCACCUGUGGAGGGACCGCGUAUGCCAGCUGUGCCACCCGUCGCCGGCCCACGCCGCCGCCCACCUGAGCCUGGAGACUCUGACCGCCUUCGUGCUUCCUUUCGGGCUGAUGCUCAGCUGCUACAGCGUGACGCUGGCACGGCUGCGGGGCGCCCGCUGGGGCUCCGGGCGGCACGGGGCGCGGGUGGGCCGGCUGGUGAGCGCCAUCGUGCUUGCCUUCGGCUUGCUCUGGGCCCCCUACCACGCAGUCAACCUUCUGCAGGCGGUCGCCGCGCUGGCUCCACCGGAAGGGGCCUUGGCGAAGCUGGGCGGGGCCGGCCAGGCGGCGCGAGCGGGAACUACAGCCUUGGCCUUCUUCAGUUCUAGCGUCAACCCAGUGCUCUACGUCUUCACCGCUGGAGAUCUGCUGCCCCGGGCAGGUCCCAGUUUCCUCACGCGGCUCUUCGAAGGCUCCGGGGAGGCCCGAGGGGGCGGCCGCUCUAGGGAGGGGACCAUGGAGCUCCGAACUACCCCUCAGCUGAAAGUGGUGGGGCAGGGCCGCGGCAAUGGAGACCCGGGGGGUGGGAUGGAGAAGGACGGUCCGGAAUGGGACCUUUGACACCAAACCCUACAACCUGCUGCCCUUCCCUAUCUCUUUCCACCCCCCACCCACCCUCGGGAGGUCAGUGUUCUGGAACAUUUGGGGACCCUUCUUUGACUAGAGUUUGCAUCUGGCUGGGUAGGAUUACUAUACACUUGGGGCAGGCCCAGGCUCCUCCAAACUGAGGGAUUAUGAGGGUGGUGAUGGUCCCUGUUAAGGACUAUUGCGUGCUUGCAGGUUGGCAUGUACUCAUGUGCCAGCAUUGCUUACUGGUUGCCAAUAGCUGUUAUUGUGAAAUACACUGGGAAGCCAUUAGAUGAUGA